AUGCAUUCUAGCUGGAUUCAUGUGCUGGGACUGCUGGCCCUGUUUCUUAUCGCCACCCUGGCUCCAGGUGAUGCUUCUCCCUUCGACGAGAGACGCCACAGAGGAUGGAAUCCAGGGCCCAGACCAAUUCCGCAGAUUCCCACCACACCACCUUUCAAUCCAUAUGGAUAGGGAAACAUCUAUCUAUAUCUAAGAACUUAAUAAAUAUAGAAAAAUAGUCCUAAUCGUUUACAAUACAUAAUGCAUAUAUGUACAUGGAAUGUCACAUGUUGCAUGUAGAAAGAGUUUUCUAUAAUAAGAAUUCGGCUGUCAAUCAA